GUGUGGGUUACCCAUCGGGUAGAAAUUAUCCACGGGUGCGGGUAUAGAAUUAUUUUCCUACCCGUAUGCGGGUACGGGUACGGGUAACCUGAAAUUUAGACUGGUACGGGUGGCCACUUACCGUUGCCAUCUCUAAUCCCGACCUCUUCUCCGGUCCCUUCAAGAGUUCAAGGCUACCAAGCAAGUACUCCUGACCAAGCAGGGGAGAGCGCUGCAGCGUCGCAUCACGGCGCAGCAGAAUCCCGAGGAGACCCAGCUCACCGUCUCCCCUCGCCACGAUUCUCAUCUGCCAGCCCACAGUUCAACCUCACUCCUGUCCUGUCCGUCCGUCCCUCGUCUCUCACUGCCCAUAUAUAUCCACCCCACCACCAUGAGCUCCCUCCACUCCACUCUCUUCGCAUUUCCCACACGACUCUGGAACAAUUUCAGAGAGACCUCUAGAGGAACGCGAACAGAGGAGUUGCGAGCGGCCUGGCUUGCAGUUUCAGCAGUUACAGUACACAAUGGCUAACCGGUGCAGCUUCUUGUCGUCGUCAUUGCCAAGGCUGCUCCUCCUCCUGGUGGCCGUUCUUGGCGCUCUUCUUCUUCUUCACGGCGAGGGAGCGAUGGCCAGCAGGCCGCUGCUGGGUCUGGGGCUGGGCAUCGCCGAGCCGCCGGCAUCGCCAGGCGCUGUGGCGGCGGCGGGACCGGGUGCUGCCGCGCAGGUCGGGGAAGGCGGCAGGCCUGACCGUUCCGAGGCCGGCGCGGAGGUGAUCCUCGCCGGGUUCGCCUCAGCGCUGGCCGUCGUCAUCUUCUGCUACAUCAGGGUCACCAGGGUGAGCAGCAGCGGUGUGGGAGUGGGAGAGAAGCACGAAAGCUUAGGAGGGUUCUAA